AUGUUGUCUCGCCUUUCAACCCUUGGCAUACCGCAAUCUGUGCGAAGACCUCUACUCUCCCAGCUGGCAUCUCCAACAUUCUCAAUUGUGUCACUAAGAUACCAUUCGCAUAGCCACCAAGAUCACACAAACUCCCAUAGCCAUUCACAUACUCAUACUUCCUCUAGCACGCAAGAGCAGGCCCAAAAGACGAAGAAGUCGGGGUUCUCAUUUUUUAGCAAUUUUGUGCGGGGCUCAAAGUUCCUAGUUUCGUCGUCCAUUGUGCUUCUUGCUCUCGGAGUUUCGUCUGUGUCGCUGUAUCUGGUGUUCAGCGAGCUGUUUUCUCCAUCCGGUGAGACAUCGACCUUUAACAGAGUAGUUUCAAUGAUUGAGAAAAAUGAAGAGGCGUUGAAGUUGCUUGGCUACUCGAAAGAAGAGAUCGAAAGCGGCAAACACAUCAGACUCAAAGCGUAUGGUUACGCGGCUGGAGAUAAAUGGACCAGAAACAGACCAAUCCAGGCUACUAAAUACCUUGCCAAGGACAACAAAGAGCACAUGCUGAUGAAGUUCUUUGUGGAGAGCGAUUACAAAAUCGCCGUUGUUCAAUUGGAAGCCAUUGAGGAGAACUUUGUUGAACAGCAGCUCGUGUAUGUGGCGAUGGAUGUGAAAGGACAGAAACGAUUCUACCUGGUUGGAGGUCCGAAGUCCAGCUCUGUGAACAAAAGAUUGGGCCUGAUGAACGAGUCGGGAUUCCUUGGCGUGAAAUGGGGAAAUAAAAAAGAGUGA